AUGAUGAUGAUUAAGAAAAAUAUUCGUCAGAUUUACGCUAUAUCAUCAGGUAAAUGUGGCAAAUUAGUUGUUGACAAAAAAAGUUUAAUUUGUCUUCCAGGUCUGUUAACCUUGAUCCCGUCGGGAAUAUUUCUCGCCGUUGGAUUAUUCAACCCUGAGCUGCAUCGACAUUCGUGGACGUUUGACCACGAGGAGCACACGAUACUGUUAACUAUUCUCUUGUUCCACAUCGGAGCGAUUGCCGGAGCAGCUAUCACCGUAUUGCUUCUUCCCACCUACUACAAACAACACAUUGCGCGCUUCUACUACUACGCCUACAUCGGAGCCGGUGUUCUCCUGGCAGCCCGUUUCUACGAUCUCUGGUCAAUUCUGAUCGCGAGAAUCAUCGGUGGAAUGGCGUUCGGGUCCGUCUAUCUGACCAUCGUUAUUCACGCGGGAGAGAUCGCUGCCGAUGACUUUCGCACGACUGUAGUUGCCUUCGUCAGCAUAUUCCUUAUGAUCGGAUACCUCAUGCAUGCUACGAUCAAUUCGCUGAUUAUGCACGACGAUGCAAUGGAACCGACCCAGAUCUACGGAAUUGUUGCGAUUCUAGCAGGUGUGUUCAGUGGCCUUUCGGCCACUUUUCUUACGCGAGAGUCGCCGUUUUUCCUGCUGAAACGAGAGGGAGAAGCAUCUGCGGCGGACACCAUUGCCAAGCUGCGACAAGAACCGAUCGAUUCUACGGUGGUGUUUGCUGAACUAGUCGAGGUUAAGAUAACGGUUCGGAAUGAUCCAGAGGAGCAUGGCAGUAUCCACAAGGAAAGGAAUCUAAGACCGUUGAUCCUGUUGAUUGUUUGCGCUAUUGUGAAGGCAUUGUGCUUCAAUCUAAUUCUUAACCUUCUCCAACUUUACGUCGUUGAUGAAGUGAACUUCUGGUGGAACAUCGAAGAAUACAACAUAGCACCUGUGUUACUGAUACUGAUUCGGUUAGCUAUAGCAGUUCUUUGGAUCCGAACUGAAGAUAAACUUCCCAAGAAGCUACUGUUUACACUGACAAGCUUCUUCAGCGGAGCGAUCCUGGUAGGGACCGGAGUAUGCUACCUAACCGAUAAUGACCUGUCGGCUAGCACUACAGUUCCCCUGUUUUGUGUCUAUCAGUUGGUGUCCGCAAGCGGAACUUCCUUCAUAGGGGAUGUCUUCUGCUCGGAAGCAUUUUCACCGAAAAAGAAAAUACUCUCGGUUGCUGUUGUACAAUCGGUUGAGCAAUUGGUUCACAUCGUCGUUCUGUCGGUGGCAUUUUCACCCAAAUUCUCCCUUCAUCGGGGAAUAUUUGGGGAGAUCUUACUGGUAGCCGGAGUACCUGUUCUGGUGGGUAGCAUCGUGCUGCAGUUGCUGCUACCGGAGACGAAAAACAUGUCCCUUCGGAUGGCACGGGCUGAGUUUGAGCAGAAGGAGAAAAUUUCAAGUCGGCGGGCAAAAUGGUGUGUAAAAACGUGCACUAUCUAGUGUAAUUGUGACAAAGAUACAUUUGAGAAUAGUGAACUCUGCUUGAAAAAUAAUAUCGGUUCCACCCAUACACGAAUGUUGUUUGAUUAUUUAGUUUUAAGAGUGAUGAUAUUGUCGGAGUACCUAUGAAGA